CGCUCAGACUGGGCCGGGCGCUCCGGCUGCGCGGGCUCUCGGGCGCCGCGGCGACAGCAUCCUCCUCCUCCUCCUCCUCUCUUUCUUUUCUUCCCCUCCGCUUCUUUCUUUUCUUUCUCCUUCUUCCCCUGCCCCGUCCCCCGCUCUGCUCCUUCUCCGGAGGACAUUAGGUCCUCAGGUCCCUGAACGGUGGCAGCGACGACCGCGGGUGCAUCCAGUUUCUGCGCCCAGGUUCUUCAGCUUGUUGUCUCUAACCGAGGAAACAUUGAUUGGAAACUACUCAUUCAGAAAAGUAAAAGAAAGAAACCAGAACAUAUUAUCAACCCUUUGAGAACACAAUAUAACGAACUUUACCAUUUUACCACUUCUUUGAAUAGGAGAAGUCACAGGACGUUGAAGAAUGGCAGAUGAUCGGAAAGAUGAAGCAAAGGCGCCUCACUGGACCUCAGCUCAACUAACAGAGGCAUCCGCCCACCCACAUCCACCUGAGAUCAAGGAUCAAGGUGGGGCAGGGGAAGGACUUGUCAGAAGCGCCAAUGGAUUCCCGUACAGGGAGGAUGAAGAGGGCGCCUUUGGAGAACAUGGGUCACAGGGCACCUACUCAAAUACCAAAGAGAAUGGGAUCAAUGGAGAGCUGACCUCAGCUGACAGAGAAACAGCAGAGGAGGUGUCUGCAAGGAUAGUUCAAGUAGUCACGGCGGAAGCUGUAGCAGUUCUGAAAGGUGAACAAGAGAAAGAAGCUCAGCAUAAAGAUCAGCCUGCAGCUCUGCCUUUAGCAGCUGAAGAGACAGCUAAUCUGCCUCCUUCUCCACCCCCAUCACCAGCCUCAGAACAGACUGUCACAGUGGAGGAAGAAGAAGAAACGCUAGCGAGUCCAAUGGCUGAGGAAGAGAAACCUGCCACUCUUCCUGGGAAAGAGUGUGAGGCUGCCAAGGCCUCAGACCAGCCCAAGGGCCUCAGUGAGGUCCAAGUGGAGUCUAGUGCGGAGGCCCAAAUAGCUCCUGAAGAGAGCGCCCCAGCAGGGACCCCACAGGAGAAAAGUAUAAAAGAGGUCGCGGAGGUGUCUCCAGAAGUAAAAACCCCUUCCUCUGCCGGGGAAGGUUUGCUUACAGCCUCGAAGAUGGAGCUUCACGAUCAACAGGAAUUGACUCCCUCUCCAGCCGAGCCAUUAGACAAGAAGGAAAAGGAGUCAGAGAAAGAAAGUAAGCCUGGUGAAGACCUUAAACAUGCUGCCUUAGUUUCUCAGCCUGAGACAACUAAAACUUCCCCUGAUAAAAAGGACAUGCAAGACACAGAAGAAGAAGAAAAAGUACCUCCCACUCUGUUUGGGCAUACUCUGGGUGCCAGCCUAGAAGACACAAAACAGAAGACAGAACCGAGCCUAGUGGUACCUGAUAUUGGCCUUCCCGCAGAGCCCUCAGCUGCAAAAGAGCAAAAGGACUGGUUCAUCCAAAUGCCAAUGGAAGCAAAAAAGGAUGAGUGGGGUUUGGUUGCUCCGGUAUCUCCUGGCCCCCUAACACCCAUGAAGGAAAAAGACGUACUUGAGGACAUCCCAAAAUGGGAAGGGAAACAAUUUGAUUCUCCCAUGCCAAGUCCCUUUCAGGGUGGAAGCUUCACUCUUCCUUUAGAUGUCACAAAGAAUGACAUUGUUGCAGCAGCAUCACCCUUUGCCCCCGCCCUAUUACAGCCAGAUGACAAAAAAUCUUUGGAAGAAACUGGUAGCCCAGCGACUGCCAAAGAUAGUUCUAAAGUUGACGAGCCCCAUAAGGAUCAACCUGACAAAAUGGCAGAAGCACCAGCCUCAGAGGCAGUUACAUCACCCAAAGAUGCUCACAUUUCGAUUGUGGAAGAUUAUGUUCUGGAGAAAGGUUUAGGAGAAGAGAAAGGGGCCCUAAAGCAAGAGAGUGUGCAGAUAAAAGAGACUCCCACCUUUAGUGAACAGGAAUCUGUGCUUACUGAAAAGGAACCUCACCUAAAGCUUGAAGAACAAACAACCAUUUCUGACGAAGAAGCUGUGUCAAAAGAGAGCGAAGCCCCAAAAUUGACAGAUGAAGAAACAGGUGUAAUUCAGCCCUCCACAGAGCACACUUACUCCAAAGAAGAACCAAAAGGCCAGGAGCUUCCCACAGAUAUAUUAAAACAGGACGCAUUCCCUGUAAGUUUGGAGCAAGCAGUUACCGAUUCAGCCGUGACCUCUAAGACACCGGAAAAAGUCAUGACUGAACCAGCUGCACUAAGUGAAAAGAGUGCCACCCAGGAGCUUUUUGAAGAAAAAGUUGCUGACAAAGAUAAUAAGGUUGAAGGAGUUGGAGCUGUCACGUCAGCUGAGCUUGACAUGCCAUUUUAUGAAGAUAAGUCAGGAAUGUCCAAGUACUUUGAAACAUCUGCCUUGAAAGAAGAAGUGACAGAAAGUAUCCAGCCAGGCAGUGAUUACUAUGAACUGAGUGACACAAGAGAAAGUGCCCAAGAGUCUUUUGAUACCGUAUCUUCCAUGUAUAAAAACGGCGACAAGGCACUUCUGGCAGAGGAAGACUCCCAGCCCAGUGCUCCAGCACGAGAAGCAGGGUAUAGCACUCUCACACAGAGUUAUCCAUCUGACUUACCUGAAGAGCCCAGCUCUCCUCAAGAAAGAAUGUUCACUAUUGAUCCAAAAGUGUAUGGGGAGAAAAGGGAUCUCCACAGUAAGAAUAAGGAUGACUUGACACUAAGCAGGAGUUUAGGACUUGGUGGUAGGUCUGCAAUAGAGCAAAGAAGCAUGUCAAUCAAUUUGCCCAUGUCCUGCCUGGAUUCCAUAGCCCUUGGAUUUAACUUUGGUCGGGGGCAUGAUCUUUCUCCCCUUGCUUCUGAUAUUCUAACCAACACUAGUGGAAGUAUGGACGAAGGAGAUGAUUACCUUCCAGCCACAACACCUGCAGCGGACAAAGCCCCUUGCUUCCCAACAGAAAGCAAAGAAGAAGAAGAACAGGUAAAGGGGGAAAAAGCUACUGGAGAGGAAAACACCCAAGUCGAGACAUCGUGUGAGUCACCUUUCCUAGCCAAAGAUUAUUACAAAAAUGGUACUGUCAUGGCACCUGACCUGCCUGAGAUGCUAGACCUGGCAGGCACAAGGUCAAGAUUAGCUUCCGUGAGUGCAGAUGCUGAGGUUGCCAGGAGAAAAUCAGUCCCAUCAGAGACUGUGGUGGAGGAGAGUAGUACUGGCUUCCCCCCUGUCACUGAUGAAAACCACGUCAUUGUUAAAACUGACAGUCAGCUCGAAGACCUGGGCUACUGUGUGUUCAAUAAAUACACAGUCCCACUCCCAUCACCUGUUCAAGACAGUGAGAAUUUAUCUGGGGAGAGUGGUUCCUUCUAUGAAGGCACUGAUGAUAAAGCACGAAGAGAUUUGGUCACGGAUCUUUCAUUGAUUGAAGUCAAACUGGCAGCUGCUGGAAGAGUCAAAGAUGAACUCAGUGCUGAGAAAGAAGCAUCCCCGCCUAUCUCUGGUGACAAAUCAGGACUGAGUAGGGAGUUUGAUCACGAGAAGAAAGCGAAUGAUAAGCUGGAUACUUUACUAGAAAAAAGUGAAGAACAUGCCGAUUCAAAAGAACAUGCCAAGGAAACAGAAGAGGCUGGUGAUAAAGUUGAAACUUUUGGAUUAGGAGUAACCCAUGAGCAAGCUUCAGCCAAAGAACUGACAGUCUCAAAAGAUGCAUCACCUCUCAUGGCUGAGAAAGCAGAGAAAGGUCUUAGUUCUGUGCCAGAGGUAGCUGAAGUAGAACCAUCCCAAAAAGCUGAACCAGAACUGGAUUUUGCCACAAAGAAAGCUGACCAGGGUCAGUUAGAUGUUAAAAUCAGUGACUUUGGACAGAUGGCCUCAGGGCUACACAUAGAUGCUGGAAAGGCAACAGAGCUUAAACUCAAGGCUACCCAAGACCUCGCCCCCUCAUCCACAGCACCUCAGGAGGCAGAUGCAUUUAUGGGUGUUGAGUCUGGCCACGUGAAAGAAGGCACAAAAGUUAGUGAAACAGAAGUCAAGGAGAAGGUGGCCAAGCCUGACCUGGUGCACCAGGAGGCUGUAGACAAAGAGGAGUCCUAUGAGUCCAGCGGUGAGCAUGAAAGCCUCACCAUGGAGUCCUUGAAAGCUGAUGAGGGCAAGAAGGAAAUUUCCCCAGAAUCUUCUCUAAUUCAAGACGAGAUUGCCAUCAAAUUGUCUGUGGAAAUACCCUGUGCACCUGCUGUUUCAGAGGCUGAUUUAGCCGCAGAUGAGAGAGCUGAUGUCCAGAUGGAAUUUAUUCAGCUGCCAAAAGAAGAAAAUAAGGAGACCCCAGAUAUAUCUAUCACACCCUCUGAUGUUACAGAACCAUUGCCUGAAGCCACUGGAGCUGAACCAGCAGAGGCUGAGAAUGAGGAAGAAGAGAUAGAAGCCCAGGGAGAAUAUGAUAAGCUGCUCUUCCGCUCAGACACCCUUCAGAUUACUGACCUGGGUGUCCCAGGUGUCAGGGAGGAAUUUGUGGAGACCUGCCCUGGUGAACACAAGGGAGUGAUUGAGUCCGUUGUAACCAUCGAGGAUGAUUUCAUCACUGUCGUGCAAACCACAACUGAUGAAGGGGAGUCGGGUUCCCACAGUGUGCGCUUUGCAGCCUUAGAGCAGCCUGAGGUAGAAAGGAGACCAUCCCCCCGUGCUGAAGAAGAGCUUGAAGUAGAAGAGGCAGCUGAAGCCCAGGCUGAACCCAAGGAUGGCUCCCCAGAAGCUCCGGCUUCCCCUGAGCGAGAAGAGGUUGGACUCUCAGAAUAUAAGACAGAAACCUAUGACGAUUACAAAGACGAGACCACCAUUGAUGACUCCAUCAUGGAUGCUGACAGCCUCUGGGUGGACACUCAAGAUGAUGAUAGGAGCAUCAUGACAGAACAGUUAGAAACUAUUCCUAAAGAGGAGAAAGCUGAAAAGGAAGCUCGGAGACCAUCUCUUGAGAAACAUAGAAAAGAAAAGCCUUUUAAAACCGGGAGAGGCAGAAUUUCCACUCCUGAAAGAAAAAUAGCUAAAAAGGAACCUAGCACAGUCUCCAGAGAUGAAGUGAGAAGGAAAAAAGCAGUUUAUAAGAAGGCUGAACUUGCUAAAAAAACAGAAGUUCAGGCCCACUCUCCCUCCAGGAAAUUCAUUUUAAAACCUGCUAUCAAAUAUACUAGACCAACUCAUCUCUCCUGUGUUAAGCGGAAAACGACAGCAGCAGGUGCUGAAUCAGCUCAGGCUCCCAGUGUAUUUAAACAGGCAAAGGACAAAGUGUCUGAUGGAGUAACCAAGAGCCCAGAAAAGCGCUCUUCUCUGCCGAGACCGUCCUCCAUUCUCCCUCCUCGCCGAGGCGUAUCAGGAGACAGAGAUGAGAACUCCUUCUCUCUCAACAGUUCUAUCUCCUCUUCUGCACGGCGGACCACUAGGUCAGAGCCAAUUCGCAGAGCAGGAAAAAGUGGCACUUCAACACCCACUACCCCCGGAUCAACCGCCAUCACUCCUGGCACCCCACCAAGCUAUUCUUCACGCACACCAGGCACUCCUGGAACCCCUAGCUACCCCAGGACCCCUCACACACCAGGAACCCCCAAGUCUGCCAUCUUGGUGCCCAGUGAGAAGAAAGUUGCCAUUAUACGUACGCCUCCAAAAUCUCCUGCUACUCCCAAGCAACUUCGGCUUAUCAACCAACCACUGCCAGACCUGAAGAAUGUCAAAUCCAAAAUUGGAUCAACAGACAACAUCAAAUACCAGCCUAAAGGGGGGCAGGUUAGGAUUUUAAACAAGAAGAUUGAUUUUAGCAAGGUUCAGUCCAGAUGUGGUUCCAAGGAUAACAUCAAACAUUCUGCUGGGGGCGGAAAUGUACAGAUUGUCACCAAGAAGAUAGACCUAAGCCACGUGACAUCCAAAUGCGGCUCUCUGAAAAACAUCCGCCACAGGCCAGGUGGUGGGCGUGUGAAAAUUGAGAGUGUGAAACUGGAUUUCAAAGAAAAGGCCCAGGCUAAAGUUGGUUCACUUGACAAUGCUCACCACGUACCUGGAGGUGGUAAUGUCAAGAUUGACAGCCAAAAGUUGAACUUCAGAGAGCAUGCUAAGGCCCGUGUGGACCACGGGGCUGAGAUCAUUACGCAGUCCCCAGGCAGAUCCAGCGUGGCAUCCCCCCGACGACUCAGCAAUGUCUCCUCUUCUGGAAGCAUCAACCUGCUUGAAUCCCCCCAGCUUGCCACCCUGGCCGAGGAUGUCACUGCCGCACUCGCUAAGCAGGGCUUGUGAAUAUUUCUCGUUUAGCAUUGAAGUAAUACUAUUUAGGCAUGAGCUCUUGGCAGGAGUGGGCUCUGAGCAGGUGUUAUAUUCAUUCUUUACAAACCAUAAAAGAAAUAAUCUCAUUCCCAAACUGUAGUAAUUGUUACAAUUUUAUAUUAAAAAAAAGAAUAGUAUAUGCAGAAAUUGACUUGAUUUCCAUUUGUAACAGGAAGAUACUGGCUUUACAUGAGUACAAUUGGACAAUUAUUUUUGCUCUGCUCUGUUUUGCAUGGAGUAUUAUUAUUUUAAAAAUUGCAUUUCUACCUUUCAUGUGCCUGAAGGCUAUCCACUACAUCCUGAAAGCCCUUGUUAAAAUCCAAGCUGCUCAUUUCACUAUUUUGUUGCUGGGUGAAAAGAUAAAAAGCUGCCCAUUGUAACUUAUUACAGGUUAAAUUAAAUCAAGGAGUCUGAUUGCAGGAAGGGAAGAGCAUGUAAGAAAUAAGUUUUUUUUAAAGCGUUAUUUUGUAUAAAUGGGAAGAAAGAUUCAAUUAAGUUAUUAACAUUUGGGACCUGGAUAAUUAUAUCAGAGUAUAAGUCAAUCCAAUAAAUUAUUUAACUAAUUAAAAAAUAGUUACAAAGCAUUUGAGCCGUGGUUGAGGAAGUGGUAUAAAAUGCAUCUCUUAGGAAUGAAGCACUUUCAUUAGGGUGGACUCGUGUCUGAUUAGAACGUUGGUUGAUCAGCUAGAUUUGUGUACACACUACCAGUUUCACACCCCCUUUCCAUCUGUUUGAUACAGUAUUAUAGAUAUAAAUAUAUAUAUAUUUCUCUGUGGCCAUUUGUGAUACUUCCUCAUAUACUUGAAUAUUAUACUUCCUUAUUCACAGCAUCUGUGUCUCCUGCACCCUUUGGUGUUGCAGUUUUAGGUAUGUGAAAGUAGGUGUUAGCAGGGUUCUUUCCCUAUUAAAAAAAAGUUUAAAAAGACAAAAAGUUUUAGCAUGAAGUUGCUUUCUGUAACAACUCAAAGCUGUAACCCUGUUUUAGUGCCAGAUACAAGUCUCUCCCAAGUCUCUCCCGUGAUGCUAGAAAAAAUUUGUUUUUCUUUGCUUUCACCAACAAGGAGUUUGUGGGGGUGGGUCCAGUUAUACAUAAAAGGGUUUACAGAUUGUUGGUGUAAGAUUAUGGAUUUAUCUUAUUUUGAAUCACAGGAUAGUUUGGGUUUUAUUCCUGUAAUCAUUCAUGAA